AUGAGUCUCCUCAACAAGCCCAAGAGUGAGAUGACCCCAGAGGAGCUGCAGAAGCGGGAGGAGGAGGAGUUUAACACGGGGCCACUCUCCGUGCUCACGCAGUCAGUCAAAAACAACACUCAAGUGCUCAUCAACUGCCGUAACAACAAGAAGCUCCUGGGCCGCGUGAAGGCCUUCGACAGGCACUGCAACAUGGUGCUGGAGAACGUGAAAGAAAUGUGGACGGAGGUCCCCAAGAGCGGCAAAGGCAAGAAGAAGUCCAAGCCAGUCAACAAGGACCGCUACAUCUCCAAGAUGUUCCUGCGUGGGGACUCUGUCAUUGUGGUCCUGAGGAACCCACUCAUCGCUGGCAAGCAGGGGCCUCCUCCCUGCUGUCAGAACUUGCCCCCUGGUUUUGCAAAGACCUGCCCUCUGUAG